CUUGAGCUCAGCGUGUCAGAUAAUCACAUUGAGAGAACAAAAGCUUUCACUGCCCCAGGAAUUAAUCCCAACUACGUUAUCAAUACAGUGGGCAUGGUAAUGAAGACGUGUGCGUAAAGCACGGGGGGCGGCAAGAGGCAGGAAACGGAAACCAUGACGCACAGUGUCGUCAUCCUUCAAACACCUCUGGCUGCACUCCAAUCCAGAAGUGAAUUAGAAAAAUGAACAUAUUAAACACCGAUUGUACUCGACUUCGUAAAUCUCACAUCGAAUCGGGUCAGGCCGGCAUUUCUGCGCUGAUUUGUGUUUGAUUUGGUCAAGGAAAACUUCAAUGAAGGCCCAUAUUGUGAUUAGGCUACUGAAAAAAGACAACAUUUUAUCAGAGGGAAGAUUUUGUAGUUUAGUGGAACAAAUACUCCCAAAGUGCCAUAAAUAUAUCUUCUGAAACCACCAGAUAGAAAUCUCAAUUUUGAAAUAGCACAUAAUAUACAGGCUGGUUGAGUUCCCCGUUGCUUUACAUUUAUAAAAAUCUAAUAUUAUCAGAGAGAAGUAAAAUCAGUUUUUCCCUGCUAAUACUUGCACUGAGAAGAUGUCUAGUAGCCUACAUUUUCAUGAAGUCAGUGCUUCAUUUAUUGAGAUGUUAAAAACAGUAUCAAGAACAUUCUUUGUCCAAAUAACUGUUAAUAUUGCCAUCUAGUGGACGACCUCCUCAUUGCCUCAUAAACCAGUGGGUGCUUUUAACCGUUUUAACUGAGAAAUUGUGAUAUUAUGAGACAUGUGCUUCACUUCAAUGAAACAGGAGGAGGAGGAGAUCUCCCCCUUUACCCCCCCUGGACUCUUGUCGGGACCUCAGAGCAGAGAGGGCUUGAGCAGGGGAAAGGUUAAGAAGAUGAAGAAGCUGGUCGUGUUUUUGCUGUGCCUGGUCCUGUUGACCGUCUAUACAGAUGCCAACCCUAUCAUCACAGAGGACUCCGCUAAGCAGCUGUUGCGCAGCAAGAGGCAGGAGCCUCCAAUGAAGGCUGGCCAUCCCGACGAGCCAAUGAGGGAGCAUCUGCUGCACAUGCAGGCUCUGGAUCAGAGGGCCCAGGAAAUCAACAUGGAGAACUGGCUGAACCCUCACUGCUACCCUCGCUGUGACCGGAACUACGGCUACCCUGUCUGAUGAGUGAUGAACCAGAGGUGUCGACAUGGACUCAAAGAUGGCAACAACGAAAAUGAAAAGAUGAAAUAAUCUCUCCUGAAAUGUCCAUGGCUGCUAUAAUGGCCAUACAUAUAAUCUUUGUUACAGCUGUGUAGUGUAAUAUAAUCUUUAGACUGCUUUUGUUGUCCUGACCAUGUUUCAUGUAUCUGAGUGAAAUGUAUUUCCUUUUACGAAUAAACAGAAUGCACAAUGCUUUCUCUGUGGGA